AUGUUUCUUUCAACAUCAUUUGCGAUUCUGGUGGUAUUUUCGUUUAUCGUCUAUCGCUAUUUUAAAUAUUCUUCUUCCAUCAUUGAACGUGAUGCUACUAAACCACGACGACUUCCAACACAAUGGUUAAUAGGUAUCAUCUGGACUGCGGGUCUUGGAGCAUUUCAUGAGUCAAUCGCCAAACUGAAAGUAAAAUACGGUGACUUAUUUGCAAUUCAACUCGGACGUGGCCGUAUCACUGUUAUUUCCUGCACUGACUACGUUCGCCACAUUUUAGCCGAUCGAAAUACCUAUGAUAUAUCUGAAACAACUAAUCAGAAAGGUUCGUCAAAAGAUGGUGACACGCUUCGACAAGCAUUUAACGAUGUUAUCAAGUGUGCCAAUCGUUUUGCUCUGAUGGCCAGCAUUCCAUUGUGGAUUGCACGAUUGCGUUUAGCACUCGAUUCGAAAUUUCAACGUGCUUUGUGUAUUCUCCGUCAGUAUGUCAUGCAUAUAAUUCAUGCAGAACAAAAACGGCAAUGUGAACAACAACAACAACGCGUGGCCAAACCCAAAACUCUAAUUGCAUCGAUGGUGGCUGCGGCUGAAAAUGACCGAUUAGAAACGGAUUCAUCAAAAGCAUCGCUAAGUCCCACUGAACUCUUCGAUGAAGUAUCUUUGUCAAUGGUUGCCGGCUUCGAAACAACAUCUACAGCACUGUCGUGGUUCUUUUUUUUUAUGUCAAAGUAUCCAGAUGUACAAGCGAAGAUCAAAGAAGAACUCUAUCGUCAUGGCUUAACUUCCGAUGCUAUACUUACACUCGAAGACUUGGACGAGUUGGUCUACAUGGAAUGUGUCAUGAAAGAAAUACUAAGAUAUGCUCCGAUUACUGCUGGAAUCGUUCGUCAAGCAACACGGGAUGAUGUAAUCAAUGAUAUUAUCGUCAAAAAAGGUGAUAUUUUUUUAAUUGCAACACAGAAUAUGCACCGAGACCCACGUUAUUGGAAGAUUGAUCCUAUGAAAUUCCUUCCUGAACGGUUUCUUGACGAAGACAAACAUCCAACUCCAUACGCCUACAUGCCAUUCGGUGGUGGUCAUCGGGCAUGCAUCGGUCAGGAUUUGGCUUUGUUUGAAUUCAAAAUUGCUAUUACACGGCUUAUGCAACGUAUUACAAUUGAAGAUGCUGGCAAUGAGGCAAACAAUUCUGGUGGAUUUAUACAACGCAUCACUUGCUUUCCAAAACAUGUAGCUGUAAGAGUUUAUAUGGAUUCAGACGCGAAGUUGCCGGCGUAA